AUGCGGAUUUGACUUCACUGGGCAACAGCCGCAAGUCCUUCCACAUGGGUAACAUCCCCGCAUUCAACCAGGGAGUGAGAAAGAACACCAAGUCAACCAUGACUAACCAUGCACUGGAAGCGGCCCUUAUCAAUAGUACCAAGAACCCCAAUCCAUUGCGCUCGUCCAUGUAUUCACUGUCAACAGCUAAUCUCCGCACAG